AGAAUUGAUAUUGUCAAUUUUUCUAAAUAUUGAAGUUUGAACAUAAGAGAGUAGACUUGUAUGUUAAAAUAAUGACAACUUAGUACCAUUUUCCAUAAAGGAGGCUAUUUCAGUUGUUUUUUUUUUCUUUACACGACUCUAAUCGUCGGGACUGAGUUAUCAUUACUGAGUUCCACAGCCCACUAUAUAAAGUGGCAAAGUUAUAAGAGUUGGGUCUAAAACUACAAAAAGUAUCCAUUUGGCCGUCUCUUUUUUUCUACCAAAAGAAUGGAUCCCGUCACCACCGCUGUCCUGCCGAGUAUUCAGGCAGUGCCUUAUGCCACUCCGGCAGCUGUAGGUGGUUUGUUCGUCUCUAUGUUCGUUAUGAAACAAUUCGUUAACAAUCGGAAGAAAACUCAUGCAAGGCUUCCUCAUGUACCAGAGGUACCGGGGUGGCCGGUGAUCGGGAAUUUGCUGCAGCUCAAAGAGAAGAUACCUCAUGAGACUUUCAUGAGCUGGGCUGAUACUCAUGGCCCAAUUUAUUCAAUCAAAACGGGUGCUUCUUCUCUUAUUGUUCUUAAUUCUACUGAUAUGGCUAAAGAGGCCAUGGUGAAUAGAUUUCCGUCCAUUUCAACAAGAAAACUAUCGGACACCUUAACUCUGUUUACCCAAAAUAAAUGUAUGGUCGCAAUGAGUGAUUAUGACGAGUUUCACAAGAUGGCGAAACGACAUUUAUUUACAAAUGUUUUGGGAGCAAAAGCUCAGAGGCGACAUCGCCACCACAGGGACACCCUGGUUGAAAAUAUAUCAACUCGAUUCCAUAGUCAUGCAAAGAAAAAUCCUGAACAAGCUGUGAAUUUCAGAGAGAUAUUUGAGUCUGAACUUUUUAGAUUAUCAAUGAAAGAAGCAUUGGGAACGGAUGUGGAAUCCAUUUACGUUGAUGAACUCGGGAUUACUUUGUCAAACGAGGAGAUUAUUAAUGUUUUGGUACAUGAGCCAUUGGAAGGUGCAAUUGAUGUGGACUGGAGAGAUUUCUUUCCAUAUUUCAAAUGGGUUCCUAACAAGAGAUGGGAAACAAAAAUUCAGCAAAUGCAUUUUCGCAGGCAAGCGGUGAUGAAUACUCUAGUCAAGCAACAGAAGCAACGAAUCGCUUCAGGACAUGUUUUUGAACAGAAUGUGGAUUGUUAUCUGGACUACUUGUUAUCAGAAAGUACACUUACAGAACAACAGAUAAGCAUGUUGGUUUGGGAGGUAAUUAUUGAGACAGCAGAUACAACUAUGGUCGCUACAGAAUGGGUCGUCUAUGAACUUGCAAAGAAUCCAAAUUACCAGGAUGCGCUCUAUCGCGAAAUUGAAAAUGUGUGUGGGUCGGAAAAGAUCAAAGAGGAGCAUCUGUCUCAACUGCCAUUCUUGAAUGCUGUUUUUCAUGAAACUCUUAGGAAAUACAGUCCAGUUCCAGUUAUACCUGUACGACACGCGCAUGAAGAUACAGAGAUAGGGGGAUACCACAUUCCUGCAGGAAGUGAGAUUGUUAUUAAUCUUUACGGGUGCAACAUGGACAGGAAGGUAUGGGUAAACCCUGAAGAGUGGAAUCCUGAGAGAUUUCUUGAUGGAAAAUACAAUUCUAUGUACUUACAUAAGACAAUGGCUUUUGGAGGUGGAAAAAGGGUAUGUGCAGGUGCUCUUUCUGCAUCACUGAUAGCAAGUGCAUCAAUUGGAAGAUUAGUGCAAGAAUUCGAGUGGAAUCUCAAAGAUGGAGAGGAAGAAAAUGUUGAUAUAGUCGGACUCGUAACUCGCAAGCUUCAUCCAUUGCAUACUAUGAUAAAGGCGAGAAGACAAUAAAGACGAUCAAUCAAGUUCGGAAAUGAAUCAUCCCUAAAGCUAGUAAUAAAAUUUAUUGGCCUUAUUUGUUUGGUUUUAUCAUGAAGUAACCUAAUUAGUUUUUGAAAAUGUUUGUAACUAAAUAAAAAGGCUCGUCGAAUUGAAAACUUGCAAAGGACGGCUCCUAUUACCAAAUUAAAGCCACGGUUGCCUAGACAUUUGAGCCCGGUAAGGUUCCUCCUCGGCUCCUCUCCUUGAGCCUGAAGUUGAUCUUUCGUGGUUCUGAUAUAGGGCCAAUUGAUCAAAUGUACAGGCUGAUGUCUAUGAUAUGUCGUCUGAGUUCAAAUAAAUCAUAAUAUGUUAAGAAAA